UGACGAUCGAUAUGCGGCACACGCUGCUGGUAGCAGCAUGCGGCAUUGCGACAUCCAUGCGUGUCCACCGCGCGUGGACGACACAGCCGUGGUGCGACAGCGUUGUGUCGCCAGUGUGGCCCUUUGCGUACCAGAAAGACUCGGCGCAAACCGUGGAAUUCGCCGGUCGCGUCAACACUAAUACUCAAGACAUGCGCCACGAGUGCUCGACUUAUGGCGUCCAAAGCAAGUGCCACAUGUGCCAAGACAAUUCGUUUCAGAUUCAAGGCGUGGACUGGGCAGCCCUGCCCGUCAACAUUCCCACCGUCACGGACAGUCCUUUUGUUGUGUCGAUCGAUGUCCCCACCCAUCGCUACGACUAUGGCCACCCCAACAUCAGCCAUGUCUGCGUCCUGCUCACUGGUGCCGAUUGCAUUACCCCACAUGCCGCAAGCUACGCUUCAUGCACGACGCGGUGCUGGGGAUACCACGCAGGACCACUCGGACGGCAGGCAGACGUAGACAACGCGACCGACGUUUGGUCAUGUUCCAGUCAACCGUCCAAGGCCCAAGGCCAGGUGUCGACCGUCGCAGGUUCUGGUCAGCAUGGUUUUCAGGACGGGCCCGUCGCGACCGCAAAGUUCUCGUCUCCAAGAGGAGUUGCUGUGGACAGCCAGAUGAAUGUUUAUGUGGCCGACACUUCCAACCAUCGUAUCCGCAUGGUCCGUCGCGCAAGUCAAGACGUGAUCACGAUUGCCGGCGACGGCGAGCGUGGAACUCGGGAUGGAGCCGUGGGAUCUGCUCGCUUUUCGUUUCCCACGGGCAUUGCGGUGCUGGAGUCGAAUGGCGCUGUUGUCAAGAUAUUCGUUGCCGACACGGGCAACCAUCGCAUUCGCGAGAUCAACUUGCAAACGCAACGAGUGUCUUGCUUGGGAGGCCGGUGCGGGAAUGGCACCGAGACCGCAACGUUAGCCCAGGCCGUUGCUCCCCCGCAACCAGGACUGGCCGACGGGAGCCCCAACAACUCUACGUUUGACAGUCCCAUGGGCAUAGCUGUGACGCCCCAAGGCGUGGUCUUUGUUGCAGACACGGGCAACCAUGUGAUUCGACGCAUUGGGUUGGACGGCAUGACGACGACGCUGGCCGGGAAUGUCGUGCCCCAGCCAAACCCAAUCUUUGGGUGCGCCCCCCCGUGCGUGCUUGGGGUGAGGGGAUUUCGCGACGGAAACCUCACGUUCGCCCAAUUCAGCAAUCCCACCGACGUCACGCUCGGGCCACCCAACACGUUGUUCGUUGCGGACGAUCAUCGCGUACGAAGGGUGAUCUACGACACUGCGACAGUGCAGGGCGUGCCAUCGUCCGACCGGGUCGUCACAGUUGCAGGCGCAGGGCCGUUUGUCGCUGGCGAGACAGAUGGAAAGGCCAACGAAGCGUCGUUCCACGUCACUGGAGUCGCGAUGGCAUCCGACGAACGGUUGUUCACGACCAGCUCGAUCUCGUCCCAUAUUCGAACGGUGACUCCAUCGGCGUUGGCGGUCGAGCGAAUUGCCUGCACAACUCGGCUAUUUGAAGUGCUCAGCCCAUCAGGAUGCGGCUCGUACGACCCGCCGUUGGGCGCGCUGGAUCAAAAAGUGUCGCCUGCAAUGGCCAACAUUUACUACAACGCCGUUCGACGGAACGAGUCGACCCCUGAAGGUGGCAAGACCGUAUUGGGACGUAAAGUCCAGUCGUGCAUGGGGUCUCCACCUAUCGAUGCCCUCGUCACGGGCGUGAAAAGCGUUCCCAAGUACGAUUCAACAGGGCAGCCGAUUCAAUUUGUACGACAAGACGUUGACGCGGGCACAACAAUCGCAGUGGAAUGCCCCGCGCUUUGCAACAGCCCGACCGCUCAAGUGUUUGGCACGACCAUGUACUCGGACGCGUCCAUGAUCUGUUAUGCGGCGAUUCAUGCAGGGCUGAUGACGGCGGCCCAGUCGGCCCUGCUCACGCUAACUUUGGAGCCCAACACGCUGUACGACUCGUCGGCGAUCCGUGUUGGGUCUGUAGCCAACGGCAUUACGUCGACAACUAUACCGAACGAACAAAGGGCGGCCCGAAUGUUCUCGCUAGCUAUCACCCCCCGUACCCAACGCUUUGUGCAGACUAUCGCUGGAGCCCCUGUGUCUCUGCUCGAGUCUCCUCGAGGAUUUCGAGACGCCGCUCCGCCGCUGCUGGCGAAAUUCCAAGGGCCGACUGGCAUCGACGUGUAUGGGAGUCCAUCUCGCACGAACCUCGUGUACAUCGCAGACACGUCGAACCAUCGCAUUCGCGGCCUGACAGCGGUGUGCUCCAAGAUUUGCGAAAAUGGCGGCCAGUGCGUCAGUGCUGAAACGUGCGCGUGUGCGACAGGGUGGCGCGGCGACGAUUGCACGACACCUGUGUGUACUGCGGGACUGUGCACUGGGCGUCAGCUCUGCGUCGCACCCAACACGUGCGCAUGCAUCCCAGGCUACAAAGGAUUUCCGGCAUGCGACGUCCCCAUUUGCGUCCAAACCUGCGUCCACGGUCGAUGUGGGUUUCCAGACACGUGUGUGUGCGCGUCCGGCUGGUUUGACGCCAACUGCACGACACCAGUGUGCAGCCAGACGUGCGGCAACUUUGGCAAUUGCACCGGUCCCAACACGUGCACGUGCACACGGGAGUGGCAAGGGCCAGACUGCCGCACCCCGGUGUGCCAACAGACCUGCGUCAACGGUGGCGUGUGCUCGGCUCCCAACACGUGCUUGUGCCCGGCAGGUUGGAGCGGCCACGAUUGCGCCAUCCCGAUCUGCACCCAAGGCAAGUUUGUCGCUCACCCUAGCGGGUACGAGUACGGCUUGUUCCGUCCGUUUUCGUGGGACGAGUUCGCUCCGUGCGAGUUCGACAAGUGGUGCCAGUCGACUGUUGGGUUUGACUGCGCUCAUCGACCGUCCGUGUUGCUGGAGCCGCAGUGUUCGUUGAUCGAACUUCGACCGACCGCGUUGAGUGCGUACUCGUAUGCUGUCGAGUUAGCGGAUCGGACUCGGUUCAUGCGGUACUCCGCCGCAACGCCGUACGGCCAGAAUCGCGCCAACCUGACGUAUCCUGGAGCUCCUGUCCUGGUGGCGGGACCGUACAACACGCCACCGUACGUGGCGACCGUCGAUCGCAUCCUCGCACAUGUCGAACGCCGGCGAGUCACGCAGGGAGUGUACGUGUGUGCGAACCAGGGCAACUGCACGGCGCCAGACAUUUGCGUGUGCGCGCAAGGGUGGAGUGGGUUUGAUUGCCGCACACCUAUCUGCACCCAAGGGUACUACACGCCGACGCAACCGACGUUCGUUUCCGCCGAGCCUGUCGAGAGCAAACACGCAAACCACCCGACGUCGAACGGGAAUCCGGUGUACCCCCACACGGUGGAGACAUUGUUUUGGGACCACUACACUGUCGAGACGGUGCCCCAAGGCAACGCGCGGUUCCUGUCCGAGGGGUCUGUCGCUCAAGGCGGGUACGCAUGCUCGUCGCGGAGCCUGACGCAGUUUGAAAAACCCGCGACUGUCGAGUCCCCGGCGUUCUACUGGGAUUUUGCAAACUACUUUUCGCACUACAUGAACGACACCAUGUACUGGCCGCCGCUGUACACGAAAUCGCCGCCGAUUUGGGACGAUACGCAAGACGGCUAUCGCCGAGCAGGCACUUGGUCGUACAAGGCGCCAACCCAGUGGCAAAAGGGCACGUGCUUAGUCCAGUUUGCCCGAACGUGCCCGUCCUCGGCAUCGCCGAUCGUGUCUGUAGACCCGGACGCGACGUUUCGUCCGAUUGUUCAGUACUCGGCCGUCAAUGCGACGCGGGUCUUGUCGUACGAAGGGUGCGUAGACACAGUCCGACGCGGCUGCUUCAACAAUGGCACGUGCGUCGCGCCAGACGAGUGCGUGUGUGCGGCAGGCUGGACUGGCUACGACUGUUCGAUUCCGAUCUGCGAGUCGCGUUGCAUCCACGGGGUGUGUACGCUUCCCAACCGAUGCACGUGCGACUUGGGAUGGACGGGGGACGUGUGCUCCGUCGCGAUUUGCGCCCAGGACUGCCGAAACGGAGGUCGCUGCGUCGCGCCGGUACGACGUCGUGUGCGGUCGAGUCGCCGACGUGAGGGCAUGUGUAGGACACGUGCGAGUGCACAACGUGGCCGAGUGUGUGGCGAGAUGGGCGUCACAAUGGCGGCACACCGAUCUUUCACCUCCCGGAUGGGUCGCCGCAGCUCACAGGGUGGACGGGGUACGACUGCAACACACCCAUAUGCACCCAAGCCAAGCGGUUCGUGCUCAACUCGAUCCGAGACACACCGUCCUUUGUGGCCAUGCGGGGAGCCUUGCACAAGCUGCCGUGCGUCCACUUGCGGUGUCCGCAGUACGACAUCGAGGUCACAUCAAACGACGGCACGUCAUUUCAAUCCGGGUGCGCGCCGGGCAUUCCAUUUCCCAACCCAGUGUUUGCCGGCACGUUGGCGGAGAAACAGAGCAACUGGGACGCGUACAACGACACAGCCACGACGGGGCGGCAGUCCGCGUCGGCGCUGUGCAGGGUGCUCCAGUGGAGGCAGGGCGAAUUUUCCCACCGACUCGUACGGACCAAUCACCCCGGGGCGGACCCAGGCGAAGGCGUGUACGAGUGCUACAAUCACGGAUCGUGCAUCGAGCCCGACGUGUGUAGCUGCGCCGACGGGUACACCGGUUUUGACUGCCAAAUCCCUCUCUGCCGGUACACGACGCCUACGGGCGAUGUCACGGGAUGUCAGCACAACGGAAUUUGCGUCUCCAAGGACACAUGCGAGUGCAUCCAGACCAAGUCGGUGCUGCACCAAAAGUACCCCCUUGCUCCUCGCGGCAACACAGGGUGGGCCGGGUCGAGUUGUUCCAUGGCCAUCUGCGUUCAAGGGUUCUACGAUGCCCAGUGCUAUGGCCAAGCUCGAGUGGGCCACGAAGGGUGCUAUCGAUGCGCCAACGGUGGCAUGUGUGUGGCACCGGACCUGUGUCAAUGCGCAGACGGCUGGACAGGGUACGACUGCACCGAGCCCGUGUGCAAGGUCAAAGUGACGCCUGAGAUUCGAGCGCAACUGUUUACCGUCGACGAAAACAAGGUCGUCGCGUUUGAGAACGAUCCGUGCGGCACGCAAGGGGGGCGGUGGGGCAAAGAAGUGUACAACGGGGCUGAAAUGGGCCAAGGCAACUGCACUUUGCCAUACCUAUGCACGUGUCUGUGCCGGGUGCGCUACGAUGUAGAUGAGUGCAAGAAGACGGGCGAGUUUUGCUUGAAGCCGUGGUCCGACGUGUUUGGGCGUGCGAUCCCUGCGGGAUUCAUCUUUGGGACGAAGCACUGCUCCAGUGGCUUUCAAGGACUUGAAGAUAACCAGGGGCGGUUCCAAUCGUGCCACUUGCAGAUAUACGAGCCGACGGAGUUUCAACGGUACACGGCGUCGUUUGUCGCGUUCAUGACGAUCGCGUGCAUCCUGUUCAUGGUGUCGUUCUACUGCAUUCGAAGAAACAUCAAACGCCGCAAACUUCUUCUCAAGGCAGAGAGGCGGCGGUCGCGGCGCGAGUCGGAGGAAAACCCGCUCAACCCCGAGUUUGCAUUUGGUCACGCACAAUGACAAACAUUCACGGAGCGAUUUUCCGAAGUUGCGGAAAUGUUAAUUUUUUGCAAAUAUUCGACAAACUCCGAA